UUUUCGGUAGAGUGAUUCACUAAACUCAGCACUAUGGCGCUCUGGUCUUGGUUUUUCAUUGCAAGCUUUAUUCAAAAAGCUAUAUGGAACAGAAAAACAGUGUCUUCAGCUCCCACAUCCCCUUAAUGUGUAUUGGAGAUAUAGGUGAAACUCGAAGUUCGACUUGUGACAUUGGAAUCUCAAUUCGCUUGAUUAAUUUAAUUGGAACCUCCAACUUUAUCUCGACAAAAAUAACGAUAAAAAUAAGCAAAACAGAACGAAAACACGAAAAACCGAGCGGAAAGUUGCCCGAAACAGCAGAGCGAGUUAACAACUCGUAUCCAUACUCAUAAGCAGUAUUGCCGCCCCGAAAAGUUACCCUCUCUCGACUCUGCGCGCAUUACGUUCCGCGGGGUUUCCUUCAAGCCAACUUCAACUCCAUAGCUAUAUACAUAUACCGUAACAGCGCGAGGAAAGCGAACAUAGCUUCCCUCCCUCAAUUCCUUUUCGACCCCUACUAUUUGAAAUUUGCCGGGCUAUGAUCGAGGCUUUGAAGGCGAAGUAAUCCUAGAAAAAAAGGGCCCCGAUCCCUGGUUGUAAAUCACAUGUAUAUCGCCUCAGCCCGGACCUUUCACACUUGAAAAUAUAACUUAUUCAAAAUUUUGUAAAUCUAAUUGUUCAUAGUAAAUGCAAAAAUAAUAGUGUUACUUUUGUAGUAUUAAAAAAUUAAAAGUCAACAAAAUUUGAACGGAAAAAAUCGGAUUAAAAUAGUUUUACAUCAUGUAACAAAUAUAAGGUAUGAUUGGUAUUCAAUGUUAUAGGAGAAAAAUAAGUGCAAAAUACAUGCCUUAAUUUUUAUUUUAAGUAAAUUAAAUUAAUGUUCUUGCAAAUAAAAAAUAACGGUUACAAAAUUUUAAUCGUGCUUUUGACGAUUCAACUAAGUUUUACUUGUUCAUAAAUUUAGGACGAUAAGUCUAUAUUUUUUGAUAAUGAUAAAGUGUUACAUAAUGCAGAUUAAAAAUAAUUUAAUGAAACUAUGAUGUAGAGCAAUUUUGAUCCGAUUUUUUUCAUUCAAAAUUUGUUGACAUUGAUUUUUGGCAAUAUAUAACUUCCGUUAUUAAUUUUAUUCAUUGUGCAUUUUAUUGAAUUUAUCAAAUUUUGGAUAGGUGAAUUUUUUCUAGUGUGAAAAGCCCGGACCGAGACGCUACACUCGUCAUAAUUUUCAGCCAUAAGUCGACACCUUUCUUUCUAAUAGGACUACUUUGAGUCCGCCAAACUUUGAGUGAUGGGGGUCGAAAAGGAACUGAGGGAGGGAAAGGCUUUCUCUCUCGCACUUACAUCUUCCUAUUAGAAUAAAAGUGCCCUAUGUUCGCUUUCCUGGCGCUGUUACGGUAUACUCGAGUCGUUCGCCGCGCGGCGAAAAAAAAAGGGAGGAACAUCAGAGAGAAAAAAAAAUAACGGAAGAAUUCCCAGCCAAAGAAGACGUACAGAUGCCCCUGUACACUAGACUACACUCCUCCGCGCGAGCUUAUGGCAUAGUCGACAUGACUCUCGACUAUAUAGAGCCGUACGUGCGAGAGCGCUACACGACACCCUUAGCCUGUGCGUGAUUCCGAGAGCGUUGUUCUCUCUCUCUCUCUCUCGGAGUGUAUGUGUGUGUUAGAUAUAUAUAGGCACUUUCCUGUCGCUGUCGGAGAAUCUCAGUCGUGUCGAGCACUAGUGUAGUAAAAUUUAGAAUUUCGGAACGCCUAUAAACAGCGAAUAUUUAAUAUCAGCUCUUAAUCGAUUAGCCGAGGGAGUGUGGCGCAUUUCGUAGAAGCGGCGGACAGAGAGAUUUUAAUAUGCCGAACAAUGUGCGCGCGCGCGCGCGGCAAUAUUGAAAAGUUUAAAAUUAAUAAAAGCUCUCGCUCGAAUAUUCCCUUUGUCGUCGAGCAAAGCUUUGUUAAAAAAUUCAAUCAUCGGGUAUUAUUAUAAACAAACGAAUAAUUCCUCGCGAUUAGGACAGCUGCUCUCGCGACGACGACAAGGGAUUAUCGAGUGCGAGCCCGAGAGUCUGUUUCUCUAGGGUUACCCUCUGCCUGGAAGCUAAUGGGAUAAGAUUCUACGGGGUCUCGCCUGAGUUUAUACGGUUCACUGAAGAGUUUAAAGUUCACGACGGUGUUGUUGUUGUUGUUUUUCAGUUGUAUAAUAUCGAGUUGCGUUAACGAACGUAGGAGCAGCUCCAGACGAUACGAUUGUUUUCACUUAAUAUCUUGCGCGCGAUGGGCUAAUUAGUACGUUUAUGCGAGAGAGCUUGCGAUGACGAUGGCGAAAUUAUAAUUAAGAUUUAAUUAUGACGGGCUUAUUGUUUUAGGGGAUAAGCUAACGAAUACUCUGAAUAACCGUUAUUAUUUUAGUUACAUAAACAUAACGCCUAUAUACUCUCUACUAACGAGAAAACAAAUAUCGAUUCACCUCUUUCUCUCCGGAUUUCAAUUAUAAAGUCGCGCAUUGCUUUCGUUUACAUAAACUAUCUCUUACAUAACUUCGUUCAACGAUCGACUGCUGCCGCGCGCAUCGCGUCAUGAAUAUUAAUGGCCCUCGACGGCGGCGGCUAAAUUAUAAAUAAAAGCUUCGCGCGCGCGCGCGUCACGUGCGACGGCUUAUACUCGCGUGCGAUUAUUGAUUAUCAAUGCGGCAAAAAGCGCUAAAACCAUGAGAGCGACUUUGUUAUUGACUCGAUUAUACCGUUAUCGCACGCGUAGCUGCACAGAUGUUUGGAUCCGCGAGUUUGGGGAACUUUGUUUUGAGAGAUUGUAUAAGAGCCUCUGUGUGUGUAUGUGUGUGUGUGUGUGCGACGCCUGUGCGACAGCAUUCGUGCACUCAUACAGACGACGUAUACGACAUCUGAUUGGGACAUUGCACUAACGAGCGCCGAAAAUCGGAGCGAGUGCUCUGACCUCUGUAUGGCGAAUUUAGUGUGGAGAAUGCUGACUGGUCUACCAUGAUCUUCGUCUUCAUCUAAAUUUCAUAACUGCUUGCAUCGGCACCGAGGCUUUAAAAACCCCAGAGCCGACCCACGAAGUGUUUUUUUGCGUAGUGACUUACUCCAGGGUGUUUGCUAGUGUUAGUGUUUGGAGCGUGCUAAAUCCGUCCCUUGGCAUAGCAUACACCGGAGAGCCCUUUGAAUACAGAUCCGUACCACAGAGAUAAGUACAAGUUAAGGACCAACCGUCGAGUGAAAUCUCCGGCGUUAGCAAGAGCAGUUGAUCAUCUUCACCAUAAAUAGCCACGUGAAAGCGUGUGGAUCGUAACAGUCAGCAUCUGCCACAAAGGGUUCCUAAGAUAAAUUACAGAUACAGUUAAGAAAAUAGACUAAACUUGCUAAUAAACUACCGUAAAACUACAACUUGCGAAUAUAAUAAUUCAACAUCAAAACUCAGUCAACUCUGUAUUUUGAACGCUCUGGGCCAAUAAAAACAAAACAAUCAAUAUAAUUGAAAACCUUGUGCAUUAAAUUGUUAAUAAUAAUCACACCUAAUACCAAGUAAGAUCUUUGCAUGUGUGUAUACACGAGGGAUUUUAUGGACGUUGGUGUACGCGUGGAACCACUUCGUAAGUGGGUCAAGGUAUACGCUAUUCGUCAAAACCAGCUCGAAGAUGAACAACGUGAAGGAGGAAUUUUCGGAUUUGGCCUACAUAGACGUGAAAUCCGAGAACCCCUACGACUUGUUCAAGGAGUGGUACAAGGAAGCCUGUUUAUUCUCCACUGCCAUGCCGAACGCCCUCUGCUUAGCCACGGUAUCGAAAGACAUGCAAGUGAGCGCCAGACACUUGGUCCUGCGUAGAAUCGAGGAUGACGGCUUCGUCAUCUACACAGAUAACCGCAGCCGAAAGACGAGGGAAUUGGAGGAAGUGCCAACAGCGGCCAUGUGCUUCCUGUGGGCGUAUCUGAACGACAAGGGCCAGCGCGUCGCUCGACAGGUCAGAAUAGAGGGCGACGUGGUUGUACUGGGCAAAGACAGCUACGCGGAUCUGUACGAGAAGGACAAGCUGUUCUGCAAGAUCCGGGCCUACAUCUGCCAUCAGGAUCAGGAAGUCGACUGGAAUGACCUGAAAGCACGACACGAUCAAUUAUUGAACGACGUUCGGCUAAACAAGAAAAGCCUACCGAUGCCCGACCAUUACAUCGGAUACAAAAUUGUUCCCAGAGCCAUCGAGUUCUACUACGCGAGGGACACGCUGAUAGGCGACAGGAUCCUGUUCGAGAAGGACGAUCCGUCAUGCCCGUGGACGUACAAGAGAAUCGCCGCCUGAGGAAUUAUAACGAUAUGCAAACGCAGAUAACCUUGUUUCUUUGUUUUUUUUUAUAAUCGAAAAUAAAUAGACGAUAUUUUAAUAAUCUCUUUUUUUAAUACUUUUCUAUGCAUUCUCUGAUGUAUAAUCUAACUCUUCUGUAUACUCUGCACAAGGUAACGACGUAUAAGUUUGUACUCGUGUGUGUGUGUGUGACACGAAUAUUUAUUUAGCCUUAAGAAAAAAAAUACAUGUACAUCGAUUAGUAUAAAGGAAAAUAUAUAACAUCUCUACAUUAUACAUUAUACAAUAAAAUGACAUCUUCGAACGAAGACAUAAA